GAAGGGGUAGUGUCGGAAUUUCAAACAGAAACUUUGCCCGUCUCCUUCUCUCGCUUCCUAGCUGUCUGUCUAUCUAUCAUUUCACACCUCACCGCCGGUCGAUACACAAAACACACACCUCUCAUAUUUCUCAUUCCUAUUUCCUCCUCAUUCAUAUAUAUAUCUUAAAAAUAAAAAAUAAUUUAAAACUAAUGAAUUGAGCGUGCGACUGAGUAAUCAAUCAGUAGUCAAUUCUCAUUGAUCAAAAUCAUCCAAAAACAUUCGAAGAUCUACACCACCACACUCAAAACCCUAAAUUUCAAUCGAAUCGAUCUCAUAUAUUAUAUAUAUCUACUAGACUAGCUACGUAUGUGUGUAUGUGUGUGUGAAGGAAGAGUAGUGAGUUGAUUGAGCAAUGCGCGAAUGGCUCAGUACAGACAAUCAGGCUUCGAUAGGGUCGCUGUCCGAAGCCACGCCAACGGCUCCUCCGAUCACGUUUCCAUCGGGAUUCGUACUUCUCCUCACAAGCCGCACCGCAGCAACCGCCGCCUCAAGAGCCGCAAGCUCUCGAUCGGCGGCGUCAUUGUGAUUCUCUCUCUUGGUUUCGCCGUCUCUGUUCUCGCUUUUAUGUAUUUCUCCAGAGACACAGAAAUAGAUGGUUAUAAUGCUCAGGAUGAUGACUCGAGUGAUUCUGAUUUUCUCACAAAUGUGACACGGACACAGAGGUUUAAAGUCCUUAAAUUUGGCCAUGGUUCAGUGGCUCAUGGCCGGGAUUCUCGGUAUUGGGACAAGGAUGAUAGGAGAAGAGAUGAGGAUUAUAGCGAGGAUGCUUUGGAGCAUGCUGAGAUGGGCGCUCGGGAUGAGUCCAUUGCUAAGGUUCGUAUUUCAAAAAAGGUGAAGAAUGGUGCUAAGAUGUCUUCUUUUGAUGAAGCUAAAGAUUCAGAUACUAGAGGUGUUGGGCUGUACAAUGAAGCUGGUCGUGAUGAACUGAAAAUGUAUGAGGCAGAAUAUGAGGCCUCUUUGAAGGAUGUUGGGGAAUCAAGAGAGGAACACAACAACAAAAAACAGCUUCCUAAUGAUGAACAAGUGGGGAUUAAGAAUGACGAAGUUGAUGUUGAUGAUGAGUAUGAUGACGGGAUUGAUCUGCAUGAUGCUCAAAUGGAAGAAUAUGAUGAUUUUAGACUUGACAAUGAGGACCAUUUGGAUGUAGCAAGAUCACGUAAUAUGGAUCACCGAAAGUCUUCUGAUAAACUUGAUACUGGAACCAAAGACCAGAAUAUUGUGGAGGAGGUGCAGGAAGCUUCCAUUGGUACUUCAGACAAACAGUCUACUUUAAUCUCUCAACAAACUGAUAAAAUCAAUACAAAUUUCAGACAUGUCAUUGUUCAUGAGGAUCGAUCUGCCAGAAGGUCUACUUCCGAAAGGCGUUCCAAAAAGAAGCCAAGGCGCCGCAAAUUUUCUGGUUCUUGUGAGAUGAAGUUUUUGAAUUCUACAUCACAGCUCGUUGAACCUUUAGAAAGUCGAAAAUUUUCAAGAUUUUCCUUGCUGUAUACAAAAGUAGAAGAGAAUUCUGAUGGACUAGAACAGUGGGAACCCAGAUUUGCUGGGCAUCAGAGUUUAAUGCAACGGGAAGAAUCAUUUUUUGCACGUGACCAGACAAUAAAUUGUGGCUUUGUGAAAGGUCCUAAAGGAUCCCCAAGUACAGGAUUUGACCUGGCAGAAGAUGAUGCAAAAUACAUUAAUAGUUGCCACAUUGCUGUGGUUUCUUGCAUCUUUGGAAAUUCAGAUCGAUUGAGAUCGCCCAUGGGUAAAACGGUCUCUCGUUUGUCGAGGAAAAAUGUCUGCUUUGUUAUGUUUGUGGAUGAAAUUACUUUGCGAACUCUUACUUCGGAAGGCCAGAUGCCAGAUACAAUGGGUUUUGUUGGUUUAUGGAAGAUUGUGGUGGUGAAGAAUCUGCCUUACACUGACAUGCGCAGAGUGGGAAAAAUACCGAAAUUCUUGCAACACCGACUUUUCCCUUCUGCAAGGUAUUCUAUUUGGCUGGAUAGCAAACUACGUCUCCAACUUGACCCUCUACUCAUAUUGGAAUACUUCCUAUGGAGAAAAGGUUACGAGUAUGCCAUUUCCAAUCACUAUGACCGGCAUUGUGUAUGGGAAGAAGUGGCCCAAAAUAAAAGGCUUAACAAGUACAACCAUACUAUCAUAGAUCAACAAUUUGCAUUCUACCAGGCUGAUGGGCUGAAAAGAUAUGAUGCAUCAGAUCCGAACAAGCUUCUACCGAGCAAUGUACCGGAAGGCUCUUUCAUUGUGAGGGCUCACACACCUAUGUCAAACUUGUUCUCUUGUCUUUGGUUUAAUGAGGUAGAUAGGUUUACUCCUCGUGAUCAGCUAAGUUUCGCAUAUACAUACCGCAAGUUGAGAAGGAUAAAUCCUGAAAAACCUUUCUAUCUCAAUAUGUUCAAGGACUGUGAGAGGCGAGCCAUAGCUAAGUUGUUCCAUCACAGGUCAGAGGAGAGGAGAGCAACAUUGAUCACAAUGUGACGAAAUAAUGUGCUUGUGUUGUUGACAUUCACAUCGGAAAGAGGUACUUUUUGUUUAUAUAUCAUACCUGACAACAAUCUUACUGGUUGAUUGAAGGAGGUUUGUCCUGCAAACAAAUUGCUGAAGUGGUGGUUGCUUGGAUUACAAAUUUGUAGAUCGGGGGUUGAAUUCAUAAAAUUAGAUCAAGCAACCUCAGUUUGCUGGCCCCUUUUUUUCUGCAGAAAAAAGAUUAGAUGAGAUUGGAAUUAGUGUCGUCUUCAUUGUAUUAAUUACACUUUUCAUUCGUUUCAUUGGUUGGAGAAAAGACAAACAUCCCAUACCUAAUGAUGCUUGGCUGUGGCUCUCUUCUGCUAUUAUCUAUCUCGUGUCAAAUAGGUGUCAUUUUGUUGUCGGUGAGAGUUUUGAGCUAUCGUUCAGAGCUUUUACAGUAUAUAAUUUGGCAAUUUGAUUUUGGUUGUAUCAAUCGAUGAUUGCGUGCCUGCCUGUUGAGAAAUGUGAUUGGAUCUACUACAUUGUGACUUGCUA